CAUAAUCCACUAAAAUCAACUUUAAUAUGAUUGUUGUUACUGAUGAAGCUGUAUUAAACUAUAGCCUCUUUGCAGAUGGAGAUGGAGGAAGUUGCGGCGGCGGCUCUUCGCCCGUCUUCCACCUACCAGCAGACUUCUUCCACCCGGCCGCCGCGGCUCAUCCGGGGAGUCCCGGGAACGGCGUCAGCCCGGGAGACGGGGGGCCGUCCAGGCUGCCCUCCCCGGCCUCCUGGGCCUCCCUCCGCUCACCCGGAGCCAACAGCAGGCCCCUGAGCUCCCAGCACCCGUCCCGCAGUGACUCCUCCCUGGCCACGGUCAGUUCAGAGGGCAGCCUGCAGACCACUCUGGAGGAAGGGCUCAGCUUCAGCGUAUCCCCGCCUCGAGAUCUGGAUCUCCCCGUGCCUCUCCUCUGCCCUCUCCCCGGCAUGCGCCCUCAGGGCCCGGGCGCCGGAGACCAGGACCACCUUUUACUAAAGAGACGCAGCGCUUUCACCCUCCAAGCCACCAGGGGGCACCAGAGGAGCCAGAGCAGCAGCGGCGGCGGGGGCAGCACCAGCCCCGGUUACCCCCGGCAGGACUCCAUGGACCCUUCGGACGAGGACGUGGGCACGGGGAGGGGCGGGGAUGGCUGCCGCCACACCCUCAACAGCGAACACUUGUCAGAGACGCUGAACAGCCUCUCGCUGACGUCGCUGCUCGCCCCGGGCUCUCUGGCGCCCCCGGCGGUAAAGAAAUGUAACAGCGCGGGCUCGCUGGACCAAAGCAGCCUAUCGGCCCGGAGCAAAGACGGACGCCACCUCUGCGGCAUCGACGCCCGCAGUUACUUGUCCAACACCUGGACGGAGGGACGAGCGAGAGGCGAUGAGGAAGAGGAGGAGGACAGUGACAUCACAGACACAAGCUCCAGGAAGAACAGAUGAAAGAACACUUGUUGCCUCUCUGUAGUGGAACUCUUUAACCAUUCGAACAGAACAGGAAAGAGACUUUUAUUACAUGUCUGUUCUGGCUGCUUGGGAUCAGUCAUUCCUCAGAAGAACACAGCUGCUUCUGAGUUUUGACAUCCCCUCUCUUUCCCCCACAGGUUAUGUAAGGACUCGACGAUAAUGUCAGCUGGGCUUAGCCUUUUAGCAUCACCAGGAUUCAGCCUUGAAAGAUGUGGCAGGCCUGCGCUUUACAUUUGAGGCAGAAUAUUUGGAAAGCCACGAGGAGACGGGCCUGACAACCGCACUGAUUGAUGAACGUUACUAAAGUUAUUUAUAUAAAACACUGCGAGAAUUAAAUAUCACAACCAGACAUCUCUUGACCCGGCGUGCCCUCGUCCUACGUGCAAAAACGGUGUCGUCAACAUUGGACAGAUUCUCAAACUCUGAAGCUUCUUUGGAGGAGGAACUGAGCUGUGUACAGUCUGUUUUUUUGUUUUUGUAACAACCAUCGCUAACAGUAGCAUCGAGCAACCUUUUUGUUUUUUAUUCCCUCUUUAGACUCGCUGGGUAACAAGAGAAUUGAAAAGGUCGAAUAUUUCCUGUGUUCUUUUUAAUUUUUUUUCAACAUAUUGAAGCUGUGUGAAUGUAGACACGUCUGUCUCCGUCUGUGAGGGAGGAGCCUGGCUGGUCCGGUCAUUGACAGAAGAGGGCCUCUUAGAAUAGAAGACCGGAUAUGUGACUGCUGCUGAGGAUACAUGUGGGUUGUCGGUGGAAGCGUUGGCCACUUUCAGAGUGGACUCUUUGUGCUUUCUACAUCCCCAUGAAAGGGCUAAAAUGUAUUGAGUGCAGACCUGGGCCAAAACCUAGCCGGCAGAUAAUCUCUUUCCACACCGUUUAAUUAAAAGUGUCUUUUAGGUACAUCCAUGUGUCACUGAGAUGAACAUCGGCUUGUCAAACAUCUUUUACUCGAAUUAAAAACUUCCUAAAAUAUGUAUUUAACAGAUUCAAAAAUAAAAGAAUUUGAAAUUAGGUUAUCAAGCUCAAGACAUCAAAAGACUUGUUUUACAGCAUCUGAACCCUCUUCUUACGUGUCAAAUGGGUAUCAGGGUAGAUUCCUACAGAUGAAAGAUAUUCUUCAAGAUAACAUGAAUAUUAAAGGCUUUAUAACAAGCAGGAGGCGGUUUGAUGUCGUCUGGUUUUCCUUGAGGUUAUGUCAACCGUUUUAGCGAUACUUCAUUGCCAUGAAACAUUGUACUGCAGACUCUUCACAAGCCAAAGUCCCAUUGGCUAGUCCAACUCAGAGUGUAAUGGAUGCUUUUGGUUUGUUUCGUAUUUGGUUUCAUUUUCACGAUGCACAAAUUAAAGCGGACCACAUUUUUUUAAAUAAUACGCUGAAGGGCAUAUACGUAGGAGAGAAUUUAUCUUUUUUAUCUCGAGAGCUGCGAUUUCAAUGCAGGGAAUCAAGGAUUGUGAGUUCCUUUCUGCUCUGGUUUAUGUCGAAUUGCUUUAUUAACGUCGUGGACUUUAUUGAGCACAUUCUGUACGUUCUGUUCGGCCCAGAUGUCAAGCAACCAUCGGACUUCUGCAGAAGUCCAAGUCAGUCCUCCCUAUCUGACCUUAACCAGUGUCCAUCUCAACAAAGGUCCACACCAGAGAUCUUUUUGAAACGGACUAAAUGUUGGCUUAUGAAAGCACCUUUCAUCUAGUUUCAUUCUCCCAACACGUUGCCAUCACAAUACUCUGGGCCUUUAAAUCAAACUGCAACCGAGCCACAGAAGAUACAAUUUAGUAAAUAGCUGGUUUGUUGGUGUUGUUGCCUCAACCUAACUGUUGGUGUUGUUGCCUCAACCUAACUGUUGGUGUUGUUGCCUCAACCUGAAGCUCUGUUUAUCGUAUCGAAAAGUACUGAGACCAGUUUGAAAUAAAAGAGUGGACAUUGACAUAUACACAUGUAUGAGAUUCAGGAUACCUGGAUGACAUCAAAUUGCCUUUAUAACCAUCUGCCAUCGUGAAAUAGCCCAUAAUACUCUUAAGUGUGUCUUAACUGUGUGUGAAACACUGUGUUCGGGUUCUUGUAUGUUCUGUCAGAUUUCCAGGAAUUCAGAAGAUGUGACUCACAGUUUGUCUGCUGCAUUGAACCCAAAUGAUUCUUUGACUCAGGUCUGUGAGUGUAGCAAGAUAUUAGAGAACACCCCCAUUCUACGGCAAGCAAUGUGGUCCAGAUCGGUGUAACUUGUAACUUUGAGCACUUGUUUUGUCAGACAUUUUGACACAUUGUGACGACCCGUCGCAUAAUAUAGUUAUCUAUGUCAUAAUCUUUGAAGAAUCCAGAGCAGGUAGACCUCAGGUGGACCUAUUUGCACUCACACACAACAUACACAUACAUAUCAUACAAAGAUGUCAAUGUCAAAACACUGCAGGAUAGUUGUUUGAGAUGAGACGGAAGAAACCUUCAUCUCUUCCUCUACGUUUUCUUCCCCCCCCCCCCCCCCUUUUUAUUCUCAUCCAGUCGUAUUAUCUCCUCUUCCACAGGGAAGCCGGAGUAUUAAAUUACUCAUAACUACCCCUUCUCUAUUCGAGAUAUGCAAUAUGCUACAGCAGAUGUACAGUUAGACGGAUGAGACUCGUAUAGAUAAAUAUGGUGAGAGGAGAUUAUAUUUAUGAAUUCAUGUAAUAGAAUUAAAAUGUCACCGGGAUUCAAAAGGUCACUGACAGGACGAUGACGUAUUCAUGUAUUCCAGAGUGUUGGAGUGUGUAUUCUCUUCUUCCCCUCCAUCGUCACGACCUCGACUUUCUUUCUCCAACAAUGCAUGUGGGUUCUUUCUGUUUUCUUAAAUGUCAUUCUAGUGUCAUAUAAAAGUGAAAUUGCUUUUCAACCACUGACUCCUGGACUUUGUCUUUCAAAAUGAUUCACCAUCUCGCUCUCACUUCCUUCUUCACGUCCUCACUAGAACUUUAAAGUCCUCCUUUAGCUUAGUGCUGGAGAAACUAACUGCCAUCCUUCCACCUACAGUACCUGACUGAUGUAACCAACAGAGGUCUUCUCUCUUCAUGUGUAACUUUGUUGUUUUCUUUUCUUACAGCUUUCAUUGUCACAGCUUUGACUGCUGUGCACUUUGGUCACCAAAAACGCACCAAAAACCUGCUCACUACUGGCAACACCUGUGCGACAUUAAACGGUAUAGAUUCAGGAUUCGGGAUGUUGUGUUCCUGUAAAAUCCUGGCACAUUUAGACUCCAAUGAUGUGGUGCAGUGUUACAAAUGUGCUAUUUUUGUCCUAAAUGUCAGGUUGCACCCAGAAGAUUUGUCCGGCUCCUUUGUACCAAAGCAUCUGAGCUGGUCUUGACAGUAACGGCGCUCUGGCAUUAAGACAAAAAAGGUAAAUGGAAAGGUUUGGCCGACAGCACCGACUCGUGGUUCUGUUGGUGUGGUUGUUGGGUAUCUCUUCCACUUCAAGCACCACAGCUUUAAUCAGCCUUUCAAGCCUGCUACAAAGUUUGAUGGAGAAUAUGUAAUGAGAUAAACCUGUGAGACCCAAUCAGCUAAUUGAGCAGCAGCUGUUGUCAGCCUCCCUCUACACUGCUCUCUUUCCACAGGAGCAGAACAUCCACUCACACUGCUGCCGGCAUCUUUUCCCACUUUGUGUCUGAUUAAAUCCACUUACUUGCCUCUGCUUUCCUGCUGUUUCCCCCGAACAUUAUCGACAGUACAACACUUUUAAUCGCCUACUACUUUAGAUAUUUGCUGGUUUCCUUUUUGGGGUUGGAUCAAAGGAGCGAUAGCAGUUCAGUUCACACGCAUUACAAAACGUGACUUUGUUUUUGAAGAAAUUGCUGCCUCAGAUAAAGACACAUAGGCGUUUGAUUGUUUUGAUACAACACUCUUCUUUCCUUGGAUAAAGAGUAUUUUACCUCCAGCGUUAAGUUUCAGCUCGACAAACAGAUUAUUCAGCCGGCAUCCUUCUGUUCCAGUGUCCCACACACGAUAAGAAACGCUCUCUGCUGUCUUUCACUGCUGUGCUUUCUGAGGGGAUCCUGGGAAAUAAUCUCCGAGACAAAUGUGUUCAUUGAAAACAAUAGAUCUGGACUCUGCUAUUACUGCAUCAUAUUUAAAAUUCUUUCUUUCUGGUUCUGCAGUCAAGGUGUUAAUUCUUUUAUUAAAUGGACCAUAACUUACUAAAUGAUUAUCCACUAUGCUUGCUAUGUGUUAGAGUUGCA